GAAACGUGUCGCAACACUAAAAGCUAGCAGCUUACUUUGACAAAUUGAAAGAAAACAAAAGUUAAAAAAAUAAGUUUGUUGCGCACUUGCAGAAGUGUUUUUAGUUAUAUUGUGAUUAAGGGCUUUCAGUGAAAAUGCAGUCUGACUCCCGUAUACAAGGAUUCGAUGUAGAAAACAUCAUCGGUAAUAGCGAUGUAAUGAAUAUUGAUAUGAUGUCAGAAAUUGAAAAAGAACUCCAGGAUAAUCCCUACGACAUGAUAUCUCUAGUGUUUCUUCUGUACGAUACUCCUGACACGGCCCUGCAACGUCUGAUAGUGUUCCAGCGUGUUUCCAACGAUGCCGCAUCCUCGAUAAACCUGAAUAUGCUUCACGAGUGGUUGCGCCAUGCCAAACACGAUCCCAACUGGAAACAUCAAUUUGUCGAGGCCCUUCUGAUCUGCCAACUUCACAGCGUAGUCAGGAAACUUGGCUUUCACGUGCAGACAGCGCGCAAGUACUACCAGACUGACAACAUUGCUGUUAAAAUGUACGUGAAUCCAAUGAAGAAAGCAUUGUACAAACUGUGUGAGAGUAUCAACUCUGAUAAUCUGUUAAAACUGAAGAAAACUCUCCUGACAUAUGAUAUUGAUGCAACAGAGUAUGACUCCUGUGAAUUGGUGUUCUUGAAGCUGAUGUGUGAUAAGUUCAUAACUAUCAACCAGUAUCAGUACAACAGCAAAGUUUUAGGGUUUAAGGUAAAUGUAGACAAGCUUAUCAAAAUUGUAGAGAAUUUGCCUGGACUGAGGAAAUUGGCUUUAGAGAUCAACAUGUUGCAACAAUCAAUGACUGAGGAACCAAGAACAACGAUUGUCACAAGUACUCCCUCUCAGCACAUGAAGGUUGAUGAGUCGAAACAAGCAAAAGUUGAUGAAAAUUAUUACAACAUGGACUUCGAUGAUGUCUUUGAAAUGCUCGGAGAAUUGAAAUUAGAUGAAAUGACCCAGGAAAGUUUAAAAUCUGAUCGCAAACAGUUAGACAAUGAUAGCUAUGAAAUUAAGAGUAACAAGAGGGUUGGUAUUUGUGUAAUUAUUAAUCAAGAAAAUUUUUAUCCAUCUAAGCAAAGCAUAGAGAUCAAAAAUGGUCAAACACAAUUAGACAAGAGAAUUGGCUCCGACAAAGACAAAAUGGUUUUAGAAAAGACUAUGAAAUCCUUGAACUUUGCUGUGAUCAGUGCUACGGAUAUUGGCCAUAAGGCAAUGUUAGAAUUUAUUAUGGAUGUGGUGAAGAAUAAAGUUAGUGAAGAGGACAGUAUUUUCAUGUUAUGUAUACUGUCUCAUGGAGUGAGGGGACAAGUGUAUGCAGCUGAUUCGGUCAAAGUUAAGAUGGAUGAUAUUCAGAACAUGUUGGACUCUGACGAGGCUGUAAACAUACAUAACAUGCCCAAGUUGCUUAUUGUACAAGCAUGUCAGGUUGAUGAAGCCUCACAUCCAGUGCUGGUAGCAGACAGCCCAAAAGACUACUGUAAUUUAAAGAAGACCAAUUUUCUCAUUUACUAUGCAACAUCCCCAGACCUAGAAGCUUACAGAAAUGAGAAAAAAGGUUCUAUAUUUAUACAGAUUUUAUGUAGGACUAUUCGUAAGUUUGCCAAUGUGGAUGUAUUGUAUAUUUUUACUAAAGUUACAGACAAUGUGACAUUGCUUUGCACAAAAGUAGGCUGUGCUCAAGUGCCAAUAUUUCAAUCUACUUUGAGGAAAAAGCUGUAUUUACAAAUUCCCCAGUAAUGGGAACUUGAAUUAUAUGUAUGUAAUUAAUUUGUGAUAAUUGGACAGUCAAUUAGGAACACCUGCAGUUAGUAGUUAGGCUCAUUUGCUUCUAAUUAACUAUCCGCUGUAUUAUUAACAACUGGAUUAAAAUUAAACUUUUUGAGUGCAAUGUAUUUUACUGUAUAAUAAAUAUUUUUAUAUAACGAAUAAAAUAUUAUGAAUAUAA